UUUCCUGUGGAGUCCUCUUCUCCACUACCGCCUCGCCAUUGGCGCACGACAAAAGGGAAGUGCGAUGACGUCAACCAAUGAGAUUAUAGCUUUAUUCCGUGGGUUUGGUUCCGGAGUGGCCUGUUAUUAUUUUUGAGUAGCAGGAGAAAUCUCGCUCCUCCCAGGCUGACAACAUGGAUAUGUAUGCUGUGCCCAACCCCGAAAUACCAGAAUGUCCACCGGGGUUAGAGUACCUGACUCAGGUGGAUCAGCUACUCAUCAAACAGAAAGUGGAGCUCGUUGAAGCCCUCGUCGGUUUUGAGAGCAACAACAAGUACGAAGUCCGCAACAGCUUGGGUCAGAACGUGUUCUACGCCGUGGAGGAGAACGACUGUCUGAGCCGGCAGUGUUGCGGCCCCAUGCGCUCCUUCAACAUCCACGUCCUUGACAACUUUGGACAGGAGGUGAUCACCGUCACCAGGCCACUCAAGUGCAUGGCAUGCUGCUUCCCUUGUUGUCUACAAGAGCUGGAGGUGCAGUCUCCCCCUGGUAACACGGUGGGGUACGUUAAACAACAGUGGCACCCGUUCUCCCCCAAAUUCAUCGUCGCCAACGAACACUCCGAGCCCGUGCUGAAGAUCAACGGGCCCUUCUGUGGAUGGAGCUGCCUACCAGAUGUUGACUUUGAGAUUCUGACGAUGGAUGAAGUCAGUAAGAUUGGGAAAAUCAGUAAGCAGUGGACGGGGCUUCUCCGGGAAAUGUUCACAGACUCUGACAACUUUGGGAUCCAGUUCCCCAUGGAUCUGGAUGUGAAAAUGAAGGCUGUAAUGAUCGGCGCAUGUUUUCUCAUUGAUUUCAUGUUCUUUGAGACUACCAACUAGGAGCCAAACAAGAAGUCCAUGUAAGCGUCCAAACAUUCCUGGAAGAACAAGGCCACAAAGCCAUGAUAAUCAGCCCUAGCAUAGAACAACCUUCAAACAGUACCAAGUUACCGAAAUGCUCAAAUGUUGCAUGAAAAAACGAGACGGAAGGUUUGUUUUAGUCUUAGUUGCUCAGGUUGGUUGUAAACACACGUCACUGGGCUGUGAAUGCACCGCGCGGUGUUCUUCGACAAUGCUUCUGAGGAUGCUUUCAUUUGUGUUUACAUCAUGCUCGCUGACCCCACCUGGGACCCAGAUCCCAGAAACUUUUGUUACUACUUUUACGAAAAAAAACUUGACUAAUAGGAUAACAUCCAUAUACAAGUGCACGAAAAGGGAACACCAUUGCAGGCAAGUGCUGUUAUACAGUUUGUGAAAGCAAGACUUGUACCAAAUAGCACGUGUGUAAUUUGGUCAUAUUAAUAGUGUUUAUUUAUAAAGAACACAAUGCUUGUAGCUCUGUUGUGUGCGAACUAAAAGAUGUGUGUAAUGUAGUAUCUUCUAGUUCAGACAUUCAAAGCCCUUAUUUAUUGAUUUGUAUUUUGGUCUGUUAAACAAUUUGUCGACAUAUAAUAAUGCGUGUGCCCUUGUGAGCAUGUGCACUGCUUUGUGUGCUAUAUGAGCGUACUUGUGCGUUUUAACUGACACAUGAACUACCAUAGGACUACUAUAGUAUUGUUCAAUGGAUUGGUAAUGGCUUGAUGUGUCCCAGUCUCGUCCACAAGAGGGAGAUAGCUUUUCAUUUAAGAAUAACCUGGACAAACUCGAUAGCUGCUUAUGCCAUUGGUUUUAAUUGAAAUACUUGUUUCUGAUAACAUUGUAUGUCUUUGAACAAACUCAGGUUGAAAUGCAUGCGACUGUAUUAUAGUGACGGCUUCUGCUUACUACAGUAAAUACACACCUGCACCUGAUACUCAGAACAAGUAAUCUUUUGGAGGAGAUGUUGUACAAAUAAAUCAUCCAAAUAUAAUGACGUCUUUUACCAUUCCUGGUAUAUCAACUUUAAUGUUGAUCUUUCUCGCUGUUGGUUCUGCUGCUGGUUCCACAGCUCUACACGUGUCAAAAAGUCAAGUGUAAAAUAAAAAAGGAUUUUGUAGUUGGGGCCAUUAGUCUGAUUAGGGAUGGUAAAAGUAAAGUAUUGUAGCGAAGACAUUAUCUAUGUGCUACAGCAACAUUAAAGCCAUCAAGAGCUCUUUUGUAGCAUCAUGAAAACUGGAAAAACACCCAUCAUUUUCUAUGAGAUAUUUAGUGUUAAAAGCUUUUAAGGCUUUUAUUUUGGUAAAAAGAAAAAAUAUAUAUAAGAUAAUAAACUGCCAUAAUAAAGCUAAUAUUUCCAGUGUAGACUUAACAGCGUUUGCCUAUUUUUACAAACUUGAUUUUUAAGACUAAAUACAUAAUUAAAUACUGAAAAAUUGGUGGUUGUUUUUUUGCAGCCUACUGUUUGCAUGGCUUAAGUUGUUGGUGUUCAACUCUUAAGUAAAUUUGAAUUACAUUCUCGUCAUUAAGAUUUGGUUGAAUGUAUUAUAAUAUGCUGGUGCCACAUACUCUGAAGGCUCUUUGAUUGUGUUUAAAAUCCAAAAAUGAAAGUCAGGAUGUGAUUUAAAGGGAGUUUAGCUAUUUCCAGUCAACUAUGUAUUUAUUAAAAUAACCAUACUUUUGCACUAAUGCUGUGAAUUACUUUCAGUCAUGCAAUGAAUGCAAACAAACUCUGUGAGCUUAGCUUAAAUUGUGCAAAUAGUCCAUGGAAACACUUCA